AUGGCAGAUGGCAAUCGGAGCGUUGACUUAUGGCACAGUGGCAAUCUUGCAGAAAAGAUUGUUAAUACUUACUGGAAGGGGGCCAUCAACUGUUGCAGCUGCCAACUUAGCAAGUCUACCGGGGUUUGGAUGCAGCGCAGCACGCCCAGGUUGUUUGUGUCUCUCACUUUCCACGGCGUACGGAGACCUACUACCAAGUUCGAUCGUUUCUGCGGGAAGAGACUAGAUGACAGAUGGCAGACGUGGUGCCGCCGUGUUUGUCUGCCCGCGGGAAAGACGAUUGAUUCCGGCGGGAACGCAGCUGCGAAGUGUUGGCUGCAGUUCGGCAGGACUGGCGCUGCCUGGCAAGUUGCAAAGUGGCUGCAGGUGCAGAUGAGACAGGGUGUUUCUCAGGUUGUAUUUGACUUUUGCUUGCCAUACUUCCAGAAAAGGGCAUGCAACUUCGCGCAAAGCUCGUCGGAAGGAGUGGUGUACUCUGCUUCCUGCAGAUGGCAAGUUUUGGCAUGGCUCGGCAGCAGGCAGCUUGGCAAGACUUGUGGUGCUUGGGAGGUUGCAAAGUGGCUGCAGGUUUAG